AAAAAAAACAUGCACACACUUAAAGACAUUUUAUUAAAAAAAAUAUUUAUAAAAAUAAAAAAAAAUUCCAGUGCCAGUCGGGCUUUAGUGAAACCACGCAUGCGUGAGACAUUGUACGCAUGCCAUACCGGAAAGAGCAUAAUUAAGCUGCAGAGUGAUUCAUCUUUCAAACCGAGGCGAUCUUUGUUGCAACUCUUCAGACACAGUACAGAAGCCUCACAGCGCUCAAAACAAGGACCCUGGUCUGACAGGAGGGAAGUGGAGAAUCUCCACUCUGGUCUCCAUUCCCGACCCUCAGUGAACCCAUGAGCCAUGGACGAGGGUUCCUCUCUGGGUAAAGUCAGCAGUUCGACAGAGUCUGUGGCCACCGUCACCAGUGAGGAGUUUGUUCUGGUGCAGCCCAGCUUGGCUGGGUCCCCGCAGGCUUCUGAGGGCAAACCGAGACUCAAGAUGUCUUGGAAUGGCAGCGAUCAGCUGGAAAAAGCUAUGGAGGAAGUUUUGGAUGAUGAUGACGAGGUGAAAGUAGAAAAAAGUUGUGUGGAGAAAAUGGAAAAGAACAAAGAACCAGAAAGCCCAGUCCUGGAGGACCAUCCUGCAGAAGCACCUGCUGGUCCUUGUAGUCCCACCAUCAUGGAGGAGGACAGCGUCCAGUUUAACAAACUGUCAUACCUUGGUUGCACGUGGGUCAAAGCUCCUCGGAACGAGGCAGAGGCGCAGAGGGCCAUGGCGACCCUGCGAGCAGAGAGCGCCAUCCCCAUUCCCAUCACCUUGCAUGUUCCAUGUGGUCCAAAUGGCUCAGUCAGAAUUAUGGACCAGGCCUCUGGAACAGAGAUCGCCUCCUUCCCCAUCUAUAAAGUGUUGUUCUGUGCUCGUGGAAGAGAGGACUCGGUGGAAAGUGAUUGCUUCUCCUUCACAGAGAGCUAUCGGAGUUCUGAGGACUUCCAGAUUCAUGUUUUCUCCUGUCACAUCAAAGAAGCUGUCAGCCGUAUCCUGUACAGUUUCUCCACAGCUUUCCGGCGGUCCUCGCGGCCAGCAGAUGUCAGAGAUUCACCAGUGUCCAGUCCACAUGACAGCGAUAUUUACACCUUCACCGUCUCACUGGAGAUCAAAGAAGACGAUGGCAAAGGCAACUACAACCCAGUGCCGAAAGACAGAGACAAGUUUUACUUCAAGCUGCGGCAGGGAGUCCAGAAGAAAGUGGUGGUUUCGGUUCAACAAAUGUGCAACAAGGAGCUGGGAAUAGAGAGGUGUUUUGGGAUGCUUCUAAGUCCAGGACAGAAAGUCUGCAACGGUGACAUGCAUCUACUUGACAUGGAGUCGAUGGGGAAGAGCUCUGAUGGAAAGGCCUAUGUGAUCACAGGGACAUGGAACCCCAACGUGACCGCUUUUCAGGCUCUAAAUGAAGACACGCCCAAAGAUAAGCAGGUCUACAUGACUGUGGCUGUAGACCUGGUUGUGACUGAGGUUUUGGAGCCAGUCCGGUUUCUUUUGGAAACUCUCGUCAGGGUCUAUCCAUCCAACGAACGCUUCUGGUACUUCAGCCGCAAGACCUUCAGCGAAACAUUUUUCCUCAAACUCAGACAGCAGGCCCCAGACAGAGCCAGUCAAAGUGAUGCUGUGUAUGAGGUGAUAAGCCUUCAGAGGGAGGCAGACAGAAAAAAGGAAGAACUGCUCGUCUCACCCAAUGAAGAAGAGGAGGCUGAUGAAGAUAGUGACAACGAAAUCUCCAGCGGGACAGGGGACGUGUCAAAAGACUGUCCUGAAAAAAUACUCGAGUCUUGGGGAGCAAUCCUCAACAGAUGGCAUGGGAAUCUGUCAACUCGCCCAAAAGGUUUGCACUCAUUGGUCCGCAGUGGCAUCCCAGAGCCACUCAGAGCUGAAGUCUGGCAGCUGCUGGCUGGUUGCCACGACAACCACGACCUGCUAGAGCAAUACCGGAUCCUCAUCACCAAGGAUUCUGCACAGGACGGUGUCAUCACGCGUGACAUCCAUCGCACUUUUCCUGCACACGACUACUUUAAAGAUUCGGAUGGAGAUGGACAGGAUUCAUUGUACAAGAUCUGCAAGGCAUACUCUGUCUAUGAUGAAGAAAUUGGUUAUUGCCAGGGUCAGUCAUUUCUUGCAGCUGUUCUCCUUCUACACAUGCCUGAGGAGCAGGCGUUCUCUGUGUUGGUCAAAAUCAUGUAUGAAUACGGUCUCCGCUCGCUUUACAAGAACAACUUUGAGGAUCUUCAUUGCAAGUUCUUCCAGUUGGAAAGAUUAAUGCAGGAACAACUUCCCGACCUUUGGGCCCACUUCCAGGCGCUAAACCUGGAGGCUCACAUGUAUGCCUCCCAAUGGUUCCUCACCCUCUUCACCGCCAAGUUCCCCCUCUGCAUGGUUUUCCACAUCACUGAUCUUCUGCUCUGUGAGGGACUGAACAUCAUUUUCAAUGUUGCCCUGGCUCUGCUUAAGACGUCCAAAGAGGACCUCCUGCAGGCCGACUUUGAGGGGGCUCUCAAGUUCUUUAGAGUCCAGCUGCCCAAACGAUACAGAGCUGCAGAAAAUGCUCGAAGACUUAUGGAACAAGCGUGCAACAUUAAGGUUCCAACCAAAAAGUUGAAGAAGUUUGAGAAGGAAUAUCAGACACUGAGAGAGAGCCAGCUGCAGCAGGAAGACCCCAUUGAUCGAUACCAGAGGGAGAACCGCCGGCUCCAGGAGGCCAGCAUGAGGUUGGAGCAAGAGAAUGACGACUUGGCCCACGAGCUGGUCACCAGUAAGAUCGCCCUCCGGAAUGACCUGGAUCAGGUGGAAGACAAGGCGGAUGCUUUGAAUAAGGAGCUGCUGGCCACCAAAGAGCGCCUGGUGGAGACGGAGGAGGAGAAGAGACGGCAGGAGGAGGAGACGGCUCAGCUGAAGGAAGUGUUCAGGAGGGAGCUGGAGAAAGCAGAGCAGGAAAUCAAAAAGACCACCGCGAUCAUAGCAGAGUACAAACAGAUCUGCUCCCAGCUGAGCACCAGGCUGGAAAAACAACAGGCCACGACAAAAGAGGAGCUAGACAUCGUCAGGAAUAAAGUCAUGGGCUGCGAACGCUGCAAGGACCUGUUCAGCACCGUCGGCUCACUCCAGGUUUCCGCGCCCGGCGGAGACCGGACAUCCAACGAGCCGCACGACGAGGAGAAGGACGGGCUUCAGGAGCAGCUGAGGCACCUGGAGCUGGAGCUGGCGCAGACCAAACUGCAGCUGGUGGAGGCCAAGUGCCGAAUCCAGGAGCUGGAGCAUCAGCGUGGAGUCCUGAUGACUGAAGUCCAAGCUGCCAAGAACUCGUGGUUCAGCAAGACUCUGGGCUCCUUGAAGAGUUCCACCUCUUCCUCGUCCAGCUCUGCCUCACAGACCCCGUCCUCUCCAAAGGAAGGACCUGCCUAGCUCCUCCUCCCUCCUGUUCCCCCUGCAGGAUGCACAACAACAACAGCACAAGCUGAAGAAAGUAGCUAGAGAAAAAAAAUGCAGUAUUCCUUUUUCAGCUGGGGGGGGUGGGGGCUUCUGCAAGCCACUCCCAGCGGAGGGGAGCAGGUGGGACACUGGAACAGCCGCCUGCUCCGAUAGGAAGAGUCAGGCUGAGCAUCAUCAGUCUGACGAGGUUCAAGCAUCACUGCAGAAAUCUGUCUUAAAGGUCAAGUAGCUCCACCUGCUGGAGACUCACUGUUACUGCAGCAGUUUAGCACUGAGUCUGAAUUUUACCAGGUGGCUAAGCGGUAUUUCAUCCUAAAAUGAGCUCAUCACAUAAUUGUUUUACAGUUAAAUGAAUCUUCAACACAGAAAUGCCCCAGCACUCAGAAAAGGAAUACUGCAUGCAGAUUUGCCAUAAGAGCUACUCAAAAGUUGUAAUUCUUUAUAGUAAUAUAACAAUGUUGUCAUAUAAAUAUGUAUAACUAAUUAUUAUUUUUUUUUAAAUAAUUUUGUACAGUCCUUUAAAGAGUGGAGAAAAAAAAACACAGAAGGAAAAGCCCUUAAACAUAUUUUCUACUGUCUGAAUGUUAUUUGUCAUCUGUAGGUGUAACAUCGUAAGCAUGGUGUGAUCAGGAUGGUCGAGUCCGAAUCCUGGAGAAUAACCUGCACAGAGCUUUGGUUCAGCGUCCAACCUUUAGGGUCACAUCCUCCCUGUGCACCGAUCUGACCUGAAUUUAACAUUUUUUACCCAUUAGAUUUAGACUCUUUUUUUUUUUCUGUUUGACAUAUUUGAAGGUUUUUAUGACUAUUUUUUAAAAGAAUGUCAGUGUUCUUUUAAGGAGGGAGUUUGUUGUUUUGCAAGUUCAUUUAUCACUUUUAGUCUUCCAUGUCAAAACAUUGACAAACAUUUGACGCUUUUUUCUUUUCAAUGAUUGCCAAACUAGACUGUGCCAACUCACCUUAAGCUUUGGGUUCGUCAGAAAGCUGAGAUUUACAUUUUUAAUGUAAUUUACCUUUAUAAACAGAAAAAAAAAUGUCAGAUGACUCUAAAAUCUUUUCACCUUUGUUUAUUAGGUUGUGAUUCAUUACUUAAUAAUUUGCCAAAACAUUUCCACAUGCCAGCCGCCCUGCUUUUUUAAUCCUCUCUGGCUGACACCGCAUUCCGAUUCUGGACUCGGACCGGUCACACGUGUUCUUAUUGUGUGUGUUUGUGUGAAUGUGACUCCAGUGGAUGAAGUCUCCUCACGUUGCUGCCUUUUCUGUUCAUGACUGAAUCCGUUGGUCGAAGAGACAAAAGCCAUCCGACUGUUGAAGCUGUUCCUCUCUCCGUACCAACCUCACAGUUCUCAUGUGGUGUGAUCUGAUGGAUCGGGACAACCGCUGAAUUGUUGUGCGUUUUCAAGGCCUCUCCUCCUCACUGUUGCUCUGCGUUGUUGUCGGUCAGGUCAUGAAGGUUGUAACUGUGACCAAGUUGGAGAGAGCGCCCCAUCCUGUUAUGUGCACUAACAAUGUUGACAUUUUAAACACUAUUUUAAGACAUGUUUGUUCUUGUGUCUUUUUUUUUUAACUCGUGCGUGUGCCUGAGAGGACGACUGCCAAUUUCUAAAUCGCAGCUUCUUUAAAACGUCAGAACAGGUGUGUGUUGUGUAGUGCAGGAGUUGUAGAGUAGAUGUGUUACUGCUCCUCAGCUGGUCUGACUCCAACACUGUUCCCCUGUACUGUAACUGCCUGAGUUGCAAUAAAAAACGUUAGUUGUUCUUGUUAUUUUGCUGUUUUGACGUUUGUUAUGUCUCUUUUACUGAUUAAAAAAUUGUAAUUA